AUGUUAUCUCGCUUUAAUUAUUCUCGUUUAUCUCCUAAUUCAUUCUGGACUAAAACAUCAAUAUAUAAGACAAUCAGCGAAUCUGAUUUUAUCAAUUAUAACUGGCAAUCAAAAAAUACAUUAAAUAAUAAUACAAUUAUGAAUAUACCUGAUAAUCUUUCUGAAUUUUGGUCUGAUGUCUAUCGAUCCCAAUCUUUAUCAACAAUGUCAAUUAGAAUAACGCCAUAUAUAAUAUCGUUGAUUAAUUGGAAUGAUCCAUACAAUUGUCCGAUACGAAAACAAUUUCCACCAGUUAAGAGUACAAUAGAAAGUGAUCAUCCAUUAUUAAAAUUAGAUUCAUUAAAUGAACAAACUGAUUCACCUGUCGAUGGUCUUAUACAUCGAUAUAAUGAUAAAGUUCUUUUCUUAACUACUUCAAUAUGUCCAGUUUAUUGUCGAUUUUGUACUCGUAGUUAUUCCAUUGGUAAAAAUACUGAAAGUGUUAAUAAAAAAAAAUUUAUUCCUGGAAAAUCACGUUAUGAAAAAAUUUAUGAUUAUAUUGAGAAACAUGAAGAGAUUGAGGACGUUGUUAUCAGUGGUGGUGAUACAUAUAUGCUUCCUGCACAUACUCUUUUUGAAUUAGGUAAACGUUUAUUAUCUAUUGAACAUAUAAGAAGAAUUCGAUUCGCAACCAAAGGCUUAUCAGUUAUGCCAAUGAAAAUUUUUAGUGAUAAUUCAUGGUUUCAAAGUUUAGUUCAGUUAAAUAAUUUAGCUCGUGAUCAAUUUAAAUCGAUUGCUAUUCAUACGCAUAUUAAUCAUCCAAAUGAAAUAACUUAUAUAACGAAAAAUGCUGCCGAAAAAUUAUAUAAAGCUAAUAUUCAUGUUCGUAAUUAA